CAAACAUCUCUGACCUUCAUUCAUUCCUUCUAUCAUCUUAAAUGCCUCUCCGAUAACGCAUUCCAUCAGCAUGGCGGACGAAGACCGCCCAUAUCAGCCUUCUCUCCCUUGGCGAAUCACCUCCUCCGCUACCAUCGGGACAGUGGGUCUCUUAUGCCGAAGCUUUUUAUUCGCGCUCAACAGAACCGAAGUCCAUGGUCUUGAUCGAUUUCUCGAGAUUCUUGAUGAUAGGGAAGAUGACAAGGGGAGGACGAGGGGUUUGGUGACGGUGUCGAAUCACACGAGCGUACUCGAUGACCCUCUGAUUUGGGGUGUUCUUCCGUUUCGCUACCACUGGACACCGAAUAACAUGCGCUGGUCGAUGGGAAGUUACGAUAUUUGUUUCAAGAAUGGAAUGCUGUCCGCUUUCUUCAACUAUGGAAAUACAUUACCUACUCAUCGGUCUGCGCAUUCGAAAUUCGGAGGAUUGUUUCAACCGACUAUGACGGAGUGCAUCAAAUUACUGAGCGAUCCGCAUCGGUCGAAGAAGGGACACGUCGCUCACAUAGAAGAUGGCUCAUUGUCGUCACCGUCUUCGAUGGUAUCAAUACCCACCUCGGACCCUUUUACUUCAGGAGAGCUGUCGUAUACCUACUCUACCAAUGGCACGGACAGCUUCCCUUCGCCUUCGGCAUUUCCUUGGCGAAGACACAGCUGGGUCCAUAUUUUUCCGGAAGGCAUGAUUCAUCAGCAUCCUGCUCGUGUGAUGCGAUACUUCAAAUGGGGCGUUGCACGAUUGAUCCUGGAGUCAGAGCCUUGUCCUGAUGUGGUACCGAUAUGGAUUGAUGGGCCUCAAGAAGUGAUGGACAAUGAGAGGGGGUGGCCAAGAUUCCUGCCCAGGGUAGGGAAAGAUGUGAAGGUGGCGUUCGGGGAGAGGGUCGAUAGGGAGAAGCUUUUGGAGCCUUUUCGGGAGAGGUGGCGGAAGUUGAAAGAAAGGAGAGUGGGAAAGGAGCAGAAGGAGGUGGAGCAGUUGGGCGUCGUGGAUGACGAAGAAUUGAGAUAUGGGAAAGAAGCGCAGCAAUUGAGGAUCGAAGUCACACUUGCGAUUCGUGAUGAGGUUCUGAACGUGAGGAGGCAAUUCGGACUACCUGAUGAGGACCCCAAAAGGAGUUCGGCUGAUAGCUACCGGGAAGAAGGCAUUUAUGGCCGUGAUGGCUUUGGUGAUAUUCAUGGUGUGAAAAAGCUUCCGGAUGGCAGUACCACAAAAGACAUGUAGAUUACAGCGAUGGUAGCCGUGGCCCAGCUCAAUUGCACAAUAGUUUCAAGGCAGCAGUGGUUGCAGAUAGGGC